AUGUCAUGCGGAUACCUUGAACCGGGGCAGUGGGUUUGGUCCGAUUACUCGGUCUCGUCAAGCAAGCCGAACAAAAGGCGUGUAUGUCUCGAAUCUCGUCCUUCUGUCCGAUCGACUUUCCCCACUUUUUCGACUUGGCAACAACGGAAGUUGGUACCACAAAUGCCACCUCUUACGGCAGAUGAGGCUCGGUCUGUGCUAGACUCCGUUCACUCGCCCAGCGGGAACAGCGCGUCUCUCAACAGCCAAUCAGGUACAUGUUUUCGGUGUGGUUUCAUGCGUUUUCGUCAAAACUUGUGA